AUGUCGGGCCCGGCGCGUGCGCGCCCCAAAGCGCUCUACCUCGUCCGCCUCGUGCCCGCCAUCCUCCUGCUGCACUGGACCCCGCAGCCGGCAUCAGCCGUCGUAUGCAAUCAGACAGUUUGCGACUGUGCUGGCUUGAAAGGCGAUCGGGGCGAUCCCGGACCUCCCGGCAUUCCAGGCCUUCAAGGAGAAUACGGGGACGAUGGGCCUGAAGGUCGUAUUGGAAUACAGGGUGAAGCUGGUGAAUGGGGUGAACGAGGGGAUAGCGGUGACAAAGGCGAACGGGGCUUGGACGGCCCGUACGGUCGCAGAGGAUACACAGGACCUCAGGGACCCCAUGGAUUGGAAGGCGUUAGAGGAUUGUCAGGAUUCGAUGGAUGUAGUGGUAUUGAUGGCGUUACUGGACCAUCAGGAAGGCAAGGUCCUCCCGGUGACAGGGGUCUAAUGGGACCAUAUGGAGAAAAAGGCUCACAGGGUUUAGCUGGAGAAGGAGGUGUUAAUUCGAGAGGAGCUAAGGGAGAUCAAGGAGAUUAUGGGCUUCAUGGAUUGCCUGGACCACCUGGACCAAUGGGUUGGAGAGGAGAUAGUGGGCUUCGUGGUGAAGAAGGUGAUGAGGGACUAAUGGGCGCUAAAGGUGAACCAGGCUAUAGAGGAGACCCAGGUGAUGAUGUUGUAGGUCCUCCUGGAGUAAAAGGAGAUCAAGGAGAAAUUGGUGAACCAGGCAGGCCAGCAACAAUCGUGAACAUUGAUACCUUUAAACAUAAUCUAAGCAUAAUAGCUAGAGGAGACAAAGGUGAAAAGGGGCUGAAAGGUAUGCAAGGUGUAAAAGGGUUAAAAGGAGAAACCGGUUCCAGGGGUCCAAUGGGUCCAUUUGGGCUGAACGGUCCACAAGGAUACAAAGGAGACCAAGGAGAAGAUGGAUCAAGAGGAAAGCCUGGGCGUAGAGGAAAGGAUGGUCCUCCAGGACCUAAAGGUGAUAAGGGAGCGCCAGGUUUUGUCGGUUUCGAUGGAGAAGAUGGCCUUACAGGACCACCAGGAGAAGAUGGUAGGCCUGGAAUACCCGGUGAGCAAGGGCCUAUGGGAGAACCCGGAAUUUUUGAUGAGAGAUUAAAUGAACCUUUAUUACCGGGCGCUCCCGGUCCACAGGGUCCAAUUGGGUAUGAGGGACCAAUAGGAGCUCCAGGAGUGGAUGGAUCACCAGGAUUACCUGGUAUUAUGGGACUACCUGGUUUACCUGGUACAAAAGGAUUCCCAGGUAGAGUAGGAAACCCUGGAGUUUCCCCAAAAGGAGAACUAGGGAGUGAUGGGUUUAAAGGCUUACCUGGGCCCCGUGGGCCUCCAGGCUUAUCAGGUUUACCUGGAACAUUAGGACCCAAAGGAUUUAAAGGAUCGACAGUUGUGGGUCCCGAUGGAGAAGACGGUAUGCCUGGUGCUGACGGUAUACCUGGGCCUCGAGGAGAUAGGGGUGAUUCGGGAUUUAUGGGUCCACCAGGAUAUCCAGGACGUGGUGUACAUGGGAUGGGACCACAAGGAGAAGAUGGCCCGCCAGGGCCGCCUGGUUUUCUUGGUAGUCCAGGAACUCCUGGUCGCCCAGGUUAUCCUGGGCUGAAAGGUCAAAGGGGUGAUGACUGUCCGUUCUGUAAAUCAGGUUUACCGGGUCCAAAGGGUCAAAGAGGGGAUGACGGUUUUCCGGGACAAAAAGGAUACCCAGGAGUUGAAGGUCUUCCAGGAGCACGUGGUCAGCAAGGGUUUCCGGGUAGUUCUGGUAUUCCUGGCCCAAAAGGUCCAAGGGGUAAUAAAGGACAAUCUGGUAUGGCUGGACCCCAAGGAUUAAAAGGACAAAAAGGAAGGCUAAUAGAGCCUCCGUUAGACUUAACACUAGCAGAACGGGGCCCACCAGGAGAUAGAGGAUUUAUUGGUGAACCGGGCCUAACAGGGGACGCAGGAUGGCCUGGUUAUCGCGGCGAUUUUGGCCCUAUUGGAAUUAAGGGAAGAAUGGGAGAUUUCGGCCUUCCCGGUCCUCCGGGGCGUAACGGAUCUCGCGGACGAGAUGGGGCUCCUGGUUGGCCAGGCGCAGAUGCUGAUAUUCCAAUGGCAUUUUUGCACGGUGAAAAGGGAGAACCGGGCUUGAAGGGUGAACUUGGAGAUACCGGUGAACCAGGUUUGGAUGGUGAAGUUGGAGAUUCUUUAGAAAAUGGUAUCAACGUCAAAGGUGAAAGAGGCCCCCCCGGAUUUCCUGGCAGAAAAGGAUUCCGCGGAAGAAAAGGGGAGCGUGGUGAUAUGGGAUAUGACGGAUUUAGGGGUACCCCUGGUGAUCAAGGACCCGUAGGUAAUUAUAUUCAGGGACCGGUGGGAAUAAAGGGAUUUGUUGGAGAAAAAGGAGAAAUUGGGCCUAGCGGGGAGCCAGGUACACGUGGUCAGCGAGGAAUGACUGGUUUCGGAGGAAACAAGGGAUUCAAAGGAUCCAGGGGUGACGCCGGCCUUGCUACAAUUUUCGGUGAAAGAGGUACAGAUGGCUUUCCCGGUGAGCAGGGUGAUAUAGGAGAACCAGGGUACUCUGGUACUCCGGGGCGCUCAGGUGUGAUUGGGAUUAAAGGACAAACGGGAGAGCCGGGCGACGAUGGACUUGACGGACCACGGGGGCCUCCAGGAAGAAAAGGUUUACCAGGAAUAAUUGUGCAAGGUGCUCCUGGACUGCACGGAAGACCAGGAUUACCAGGUCUAAUGGGUCCCAUUGGCGAACCAGGUUUACAAGGAUUUAAUGGACUGCAAGGAGAUGUUGGUCCUAAAGGUGUAAAGGGAGAAGCUGGUCGUACAGGAAAAAGAGGCUGGACGGGCGAUAUGGGACCGAUUGGUAUCCAAGGAUUCCCCGGAAUAAUGGGAUCACCUGGAUCUAAUGGCUUAACGGGAGAUCGUGGUGAAAGUGGAGUGCCAGGAUAUCCAGGACAAACAGGCAGAGUAGGUUUUCCAGGAUCAGAUGGACCUAAGGGUAUGCGCGGUAAUACGGGAUUAAUGGGUAGGCUUGGAUUGGAUGGUCCAUCUGGAGUCAAAGGGGAAAGGGGAGAUGAAGGAUUUAUAGGACUUCAAGGUAUACAAGGUGACAAUGCUUCAAUUGGCAUGAAGGGGGACGUUGGAGAGCCAGGUUUGGAAGGUUUGAAUGGAACACCAGGACUCAUGGGCUUUAAAGGAUUUAAAGGAGAUAGAGGAAACCUCGGAUUAGCUAUUGAAGGAAAUGAAGGUAUCAAAGGAGAAGAAGGUGAUGCUGGUUUACCAGGUCUUCCUGGUUAUGAUGGAGCAAAAGGUGAAUUAGGUAAUUACGGAAUUGAAGGUAUUCGUGGAGAAACCGGUGAUAAAGGAUAUGCUGGCGUGCCUGGAAUUCCAGGAAGACGUGGUAUAAAUGGUUUAAAAGGUCGGCGGGGAUUAAGAGGUCCAGUUGGAGUAAAAGGCGACAAAGGAGAAUUAGGAAUGGAAGGAGAGCCAGGUAUUAUGGGUAGACCCGGUCUUCCGGGAGAAGAGGGUUUACCGGGUCCACAAGGAAGAAGAGGCGAAAUCGGUUUUAAAGGACAACAAGGUGAAAUGGGUAUUACUACAUAUUUACUCGCCACGAAAGGUGACAUGGGAGAUAUUGGGAUUGACGGAAUACCUGGAAUCAAAGGAGAACCAGGCGAAUUUGGCUUCUACGGAUCUAAAGGGAUUAAAGGGGAGCGAGGGGAUAUAGGUUUUAAAGGGGAAAUGGGUGAACAAGGCUUAAGUGGAAUAAAGGGUAUGUUGGGUGACGUAGGUGCACCAGGAUUGCCCGGUUUAGAUGGUAUUAACCCGGAGAGAGGGGAAAAAGGUAUUUCAGGAAUCGAUGGACUUCCGGGAUGGCCUGGACCAAUGGGCCAAAAAGGUGCCCCUGGUGAGUAUGGCAUAAAUGGUCCUAUUGGAGAACCUGGACCACCAGGGCUCAGUUUUCAGGGACCGAAAGGGUUCAAAGGCAUGGAUGGUAAUAUCGGGAGACCAGGAGCACCAGGCAAACCUGGACCUCCAGGACAACAAGGACCUCCUGGAUUCCCAGGACCUAUUGGUGAUAAAGGUAUUGAGGGAUCGACUUUUAGUGCUAAAGGGCAAUCAGGAAAUCCAGGACUCCCCGGAUACACAGGUUAUAAAGGGGAAAAGGGGGCAUCAGGUGAAAAUGGAGUGGACGGAAACCGGGGACCUCCAGGCCCAAUGGGACCAAAAGGAGAAAGGGGUGACACGGGUCUACAAGGACUUUACGGUAUCCAAGGAAUAAAAGGCGUUAGAGGAGAAAAAGGUGACACUUUACAUCCAUCAGAAAUAUUACCCGGUCCUGUUGGUGAUAUUGGUCCCAUAGGAUCCCAAGGUCGUCCAGGACGUGAUGGACUCCCUGGAGAAUUUGGACGUGAUGGAUUGCCUGGUCCAAAGGGUGAAAGAGGAGAUAUUGGUGAACAGGGCACUGUAGGACCACCAGGACUUGCAGGACCGCCGGGAAUUAAAGGACAAUUGGGUUUAGAAGGUUUUGUUGGGCUUCAAGGAGUAGCUGGAGCUCCUGGUAGAUCUGCACCACCUCCACCAAUACCAAAAUCAAGAGGAUUCUACUUUACAGUACAUUCGCAAACAAGAAUGAUUCCGCAGUGUCCAGCAGGAACAUUUAGGCGCUGCUGGAGCUGUCUACGAAAAUUCUCAACAAUGCCAUACAUGUUCUGCAAUCUUAACAACGUUUGUGACUUUGCUCAAAGGGAUGAUUACAGUUUCUGGCUCUCUACUCCGGAGCCUAUGCCUACUGCUAUGAGACCAAUACCUGCCCGAGAUGUCGGAACUUACAUAUCGAGAUGCCAAGUUUGUGAAUCAUCAACACGCACAAUAGCUAUACAUAGCCAAAGUAAUGAAGUACCGCCCUGUCCCCAAGGUUGGGAUGAAUUAUGGAUAGGCUACAGCUUUUUAAUGCACACAGCUGGAAUAGGCGCAUCUGGACAAAGCUUGAUAUCACCCGGUUCCUGUCUUCGUGAAUUCCGUACGCGUCCAUUUAUAGAAUGUAACGGACUUGGACGUUGUAACUACUUCGCAACUGCCGUUUCCUAUUGGCUUUCGACCAUUGAAGAUAAUCGAAUGUUCUUGCGUCCCAAUCAGCAAACAUUGAAAGUGGAUCAAGUAUCCAAAGUCAGCAGGUGUUCGGUUUGCAUGAGGCGGAGACCGGGUCCACCUGCUGGCGGCUUCUACCAGACCGGCGACGUAAGCUCGGUGCCAAACGCGGUGGUGCGCCGCCCGCCCGUCAACCGAAGACCAUACUCACAGUUUCCACGCCGGUAUCGUAUCACACGCGGCCGUCGUCGCCAG